UGGUGGUGAUUGUAGUGUCAGUAGUGAUGAUGAUGGUGAUGAUGAUGGUGGUGAUGGUGAUGAUGAUGCAAGUAGUAUACAGACGAUCGUGAAGCCACUAUUUGCACUACUAGUACACUUUAAAACAGAUAUACAUUAGCUUGUCUUUUUUAGAAUCUCCUGAUUAUGACACUGUUCAAUAUGAUUGACUCAACUAUCAUUCAAUACACCACCAUUUUAUUUUAUAAGUUUGUUGUGUCUGAACUUUUGGUUGGUCUCCCUUUAUUCUGUCACCAAAUUAUCAAGUUAUGGUUCUCUAUAAGGAUCCAAUGAGUGCUGUAUCUAAACAAACUUCAUGCAGUAUGAUGAAAGAUGGAAUUAUGGGAAAAUCAAGAUGAAUGACAUAUCUGUCGUGAAGUCUUGUAUAGCCAGACUCUUAUUAGAAUACACAUUCCCUUGGUAUACAUUUCCAAUAUUGUUAAGAUUUGACCAAUAUUAUUAAAGUCAGACUUGCCUGUACUGCCAUAUACAUUCACUACUCCUUGGGGAUCUAUGGCCAUCCAACAUUUUGUUUAUUACAAGUUAUUUGUUGAAAUUAUGAAAGGAUCUCUGCUGUUGUUGUUUUUUAUAAGAAUAACAAAUUAUUAAUUACAUGAGAUUUGUAUAGUGCGCUUUCCAUCUUGAUUAGAUGCUCAAGGUGCUUCAAAGCAGAACAGCAAAAAUUAUUUACAUAUAAAUACAUGUCUGAACAAUAAGUCAAUGUCUAUCAAAAAGCACUCUUAAACAGGUGCAUCCUUAAAAUUUAAACUAAUAGCUAAGGUUUGCCUAUCCAAAUUAUCACCUUCAAAUAAAGUCUGAAAUUAGGCAUUGAAAUCAGAAUUGAAGACAGAAUGUGUAAGCCCACUGGGAAAACACAUUAAUACAAAGCACCAAUUUUAUAAAAAUGAAAGAAAUGAAGGCAGUGAAAAGAAAUAUCAAUAUCAAGCAGUACAGAAUGGAGAUAAAUUCGAUGAGGACAUUAAUUUGUUUUCAUCACAUGGUUAGUGACUCAUAUUUAACCUUUUCAGUGACCUAAUUCUAAGCAUUUACAAAUCAUCUGAUCCCAUCUCAGAAUGGAGGAGGUAUACCCAAUGUCGGUCUAUGAUAAAACUCAUUUCAUUCCCAGUCCUGGUUAUUUUGCAUAAUCCAUGUCAUUGUAAUUUCCUGGUAUUAGGUACUAUCUGUUCAAAAGGCAGAUCCAGGAUUGUAUAUUUGUGGGGGGGAAGAUAUUUUGAAAAGCAGAAAAAGACUGGUUGCUCUAUAAAAGAAGAGUCAUUAUUCAAUGAUAAUUUUUUUUAAGGUGAGCCAAAGGUCUUUACUAUAAAUAUGGAUCUUUUUCCCUUAUUGCCAUCUUCAUUUUCAAAUUGGAGACAUAUGAAAGCACAACUGUUGACCAAUGGGCCUCAUCCCCUCCUCACUACUCCACAUCCGUGCUCUGAGUCUGUUUCAUACUUAGAAUCAUAUGCCAAAGCAGGGACGUGAGAGGGCCAAAGUAAUUAUGAUUGUCCUUCUGUUAUUGUGAAAGUGUAUCACACUAACAUUUAACUAAUCAGAAACGUACACAGGUCGCACAAAGUCUGAAUGAUAUAAAACCUAAACCUAGGAAGUGAUGAUGUUUUCUGACUGGAAUCCAAAAUAAUAAACUUGGUGAACAUAUGAUGAAAUUUUAAAAAAAGCAGUAGUAAGUAAUCGCAUCAGGUUAUAUUAUGUGCUCUUCAUUUUGUUGACACCAAACUAUAUAUAGUUCUUCUGAUCACAAUGACAGUAAAUAUUUUACAUUGACGCUAAUGGAACUAAUUCAGUUCGUAUAGACUGAAGCUUGUUUAGAUUAUUCAAGAAUUUCUCCUAUUUAGCAAAAUAAAAUUAGGCAAUAAAACUAAUAAGGACGCUUUUUCCUAUUGUGAGAAAAAAAUAGAAAGGAUAAGGAAAGUCGUUUCUAAAAUAACAGACAUUCCAAAAUCUGCUUGACAACCCGGAACACAAUCAAAUUCCUUGGCUUCUGUUUAUCCAUAAAUCUAAUCGAGUUGGAUUUUUCGCAGCUCUUUCAUUAUUUUGCCACUUUGCUGAUUUUUCUGUCACUAAAUUGACAAUAUGUUUACAACCCCUGAAGUGAGCCAGGCUCAAAGAUUCCAGACCAAAGGAUUGAACAAUGGAGCAGGAACAGAAGAAUAGACAAAUUCGAUGAAAAGGAUACGGCAUUAACCCUGAAAAGAAGUAACUAUUGACACAAAACAAGUGAAAAAGGGCACCCAGUCAUGACCCAGUAGCACCUUACUACGAUGAGAGACCCUGUUCUUAUACAUGGUACUUUCUUUGCCAGUUUAUUUGUGUAAUGCUAAAAGCGGUCUGCUGUACAUAGAGUACAAGGUGUGCAUGAAAAAUACUGAUAAUAAAUAAUAAUGCUGCACUUUCCAAAUUCGUGCAAAACAUGUGACUGAGAGCAGCAAGACCACUUUACAUGAAGUCAUUCUGGAAGCCACUUCAGGAGAUGAGAAUGCUAGUAAAGCGAUCUUAUAAACUGGUUUCCUGAACUGGUUUAAGGGAAGCUAGUCCAAGAAAGUAAAUGAGAACAGGGUCAUAGAUGGUUAUUUGGAGAGAUAAAAAAAUUAAAGUAAAAAAAAGUGCCAGAUAAAAGAAAUAGAUUCAAAAAGAGAGAAAAAACACAAGUAUGGAUGAUAGAAUACAUGUGCUAUGGAUUAGUUAUAUUGUACACUGACAAAAACAUAGAGAGGUGUGAUCGGUGCCCCAGAAGAGAAAGAUUCAAAACAAAAAUUGGAUGAAGUUUGAUUUCCUACAAAAGAUGAAAUCAUGAAUAUAAUACAUUUUUACAUGAAGAUUGAGCCACAUUUUCAGAAAAAUAUAAUAAGGGGAAAGAUUUAAGAGAUGAGAAAUAUGAUGGAAACAGAAUAAUAACUACUCCUAUUUUCUAAAGAUGGACUUUGCUCUUGUGACUCAUCAAGUGCAAAUAAAUUGAUUGAUUUCAAUAUGAAUUUCAAAAGAUAUGAGAUAACAAUGAAAACAUCUUUUUGGUCUCAGAGCAAGUAAGCAUAACGGGCGCUGAGUUUGAAUAACUGGAACUGGUAUUCAGAAAUCUUAUUUUUCUCUUGUUGUUGGAAGAUUUUGUUUGUAUUCGCUUGAAGACAUAUGGCAAAGUGAACCAGCGAAUGAAGUCACCGUCCAGUAGGUUUGAAUAAUGGAAUACCUUUGGGGAGAGAAUUGGUCGUCUUUUUCACCCUGAAAGAAAGUUGAAUAAAGGACAUAUUCUCUGAUGAGUGAUAAUUGUAUCAUAAUGGAAUCUAACGUGACGUCACUCCAGUAUUAGCUUCACUUGCUUUUAUUAUUGCUUCUGUUGUAACACUUAUUUUUCUCCUUGUCACACCAGACCUUGUAACGAUAUCAGUAUGUCCCACUUGUUGUGAGAACCAAGUGUGCAUAUGAUCUUCGGUGCAUCUAUACUAUCAAAUGUGAAGUUGUUUUAUGUGAAGCCAUUAAUGUGCUUGUUAACCGAUGGUGAACUAUUCAGUGGUGAUGAGGAACGAUGGUUGACACAACAGAUUGGAAUGUAUAGUUCAAUGCUAUAUUACUCAUUUUCACCACAACUUUUCUGGAAAGAUGUAUAUCGGUUUUCAAGCUUCAUUGAUUUCUGUGCAUUGUGUUUAACAUGAGAUCACUCUACCGUUUCUUGUAUAUGCUAUCUGUUGAUAUAACUUUGACAAAUCAUUCCUGUUGACUUCUGUCAUACUUCAGUACUUGACAGUUUUACAAUCGAAUAGUGAUAGCGAACUUAUACCUGUGACGGAAUAUAAUAUCCCUAAAAGAUAAUUUUUUAUCAAAAUGAUGCUAAAUUUGUCUGUCAGUUAUCCUGAAAUGGAGCCAAACUGUUUAUUAUUCAGUGAAACCUAAGUCACUCAAGAGUCACUCUAAAUCCUAUCUAAGACUGGUACAAGUAUCAUAUUACAGAGGAUAUCAAAUGUGUUGAUUACCAUGGUAACACAACACUUUUGUAAGUGAGAGGGAUUCUUUGUGAAUAUAAUUUUAGUUUUGCUGGUGGACUGGAAUCGUGGAAUCUCACUGGUUUUUACUUCCUGGAAAUGCAAAAAAACUGUGUACUGAAAGAUUUUUUAUACAAAGAAGUGGAAUAACAGAAGAGCAGUGAUGAACAUAACGAUGGCCAAGUUAACAGGUAUCCCGAAUCGUAUGAAAAAGGCUCUGAAGCGGACAAAGAGCGUUGGUAAAAUAGAAAGAGAACGUCAGCAACCUUUCAAACCCACAAAGGAAGAUAUAGAGGAAUGUGAAAGCCCCACCAUGUUCGGGUCCCACGUCAAAUCCUCACGGUCACAUGAGUCCCUCAACUUGGGUCCGCAGUCAUCGUUAGAUGUCAUUGACCUCGCUGGCAAUGAUCUGGUGGUCCGUCCUCUCCAUUCCAGCAUCCUUGGACAAGACCAUUGUUUUCAGAUUAAGACCUCACUAGGAAGCAAGUACUACUCCUGCCGCUCAUCGAGCGAGAGAGACAAAUGGAUAGAAAGUAUACUCAGCGCACAUUAUCCAGACAAAGAUGAGAGAAGGAGAACAGAUUCAUCUCUCAACAUAUGGGUGGUGGAGGCAAAGAACAUCCCUCAAAAGAAAAAUUGGGAUGGACGAGAGUACUUCUGUGAGAUCUGUUUAGAUGACAGUCUCUAUGCCAGGACCACACCCAAACACCGUAAUGAUAUGGUCUUCUGGGGUGAACAGUUCACAUUCAAAUGCUUGCCAGCUGUUGAGGCCAUCAAUGUUCAUGUAUAUAAAGAGAUAGAGAAGAAAAAGAGAAGAGAUAAGAAUUAUAUAGGGUUAGUCUCGAUACCAGUCAACAUGGUUAAUAGUAAAACAACGGUAGAAAGUUGGUACCGUGUUUCCAGCCCUAUUAACUUCAGGGGAGAGAUCCCAGCAUUACGGAUAAAAGCUCGCUACCAAAACAUCUCAAUUCUACCUAUAAGCCAGUACUCAGAAUUUGCACAGUACUUGAAAGAACACUCAGUGACGCUAUGUCAGAGACUAGAACAGGAAAUCAGUGUCAAGACGAAGGAAGAGGUCGCGACCUCUCUCAUGAAGAUCCUUCAUUGCUUAGGAUCAGCCAAAGAAUUCCUGGUUGAGAUGGUCAUGAAAGAAACAGAAAGCAUCAAAGAUGAAAGUCUGGUCUUUCGGGCAAAUACCAUGGCAACAAAGUCUAUGGAGGCGUACAUGAAACUCAUCGGAGGAAAGUACCUACAAGACACCCUUGGUGACUUCAUCCAGUACCUAUACAUGACCAAUGAAGACUGUGAGGUGGACCCUACCAAGAUGAUGACUGGUACAGUAGUACAGCAUCAAGAAUCCCUGAUGGUCAUGUGUGAGAUGGCUUGUUGUAAGAUACUCAACUCCUCAGCAGCCUUCCCGUCUGAUCUCAGGGCAAUCUUCAAUCAACUUAGAGAACGCUUUGCAGAACGCAUCAAUGGGGAUGAAGUCUGCUCAAAGCUCAUUAGUGGUUGUAUAUUCCUACGGUUUCUCUGUCCGGCCAUCAUGUCACCAAGUCUCUUUGAGCUGAUCCAAGAGUAUCCAAACGAGAAGACGUCAAGAUGUCUGACUCUCAUUGCAAAGACAGUUCAAGCUCUUGCCAACUUCACUAAGUUUGGAACAAAGGAGAACUACAUGAAAUUCAUGAAUGAGUUCCUUGAAAGAGAGUGGGGUAACAUGAAGGUCUUUCUACAGGAGAUAUCGAGUGCCACUGAUAAGAGCCAUGCAGUGAAGUUCAGCGGUUACAUUGACCUAGGAAGAGAGCUUGCUCUAACACAUUCAUUACUGAGUGAAGCAGUAGACAAGUUUGACAAGUCAAGCAAGGAAAAGGUUAGUCCUUUACCCGGCAUCUUGACCAAGAUUUCUGAUCAAGUCAGCGAACCUGAUAAGUUUAUCCCCUACCAGUCAACUCAUGUGGAGAUUGAUAACACGGUAACCAGUGCGACAUCAGUGACCACUACCACCACCACGACAUCAUCUUCAUCAUCCUCGACAGCGACGUCACAGGCCAAGAAGAAUCUUAGUAAGAUCUUUGAAGAUGCUGAACCAUCGACAGCAGGCGACGUCGAGAUGCUGCCUCCGUAUGAGGUUGCUAUGGAUAAGACGAUUACAAAGUCAUCAACCAUUAAUAGCCUAGUAGACUUCAUCCAGCAAGAUAGUGACUCUACAACAUCAAUCUCUAAGCUGAACAGUAGAGCUAUGAAUGCAAAGAAUGGCAGACAUGCAAAGAUGGUGAAACAGUCAGAGUUUGAAGUGAACAGAGAGGAUUAUGAUAUUGGUGAAGAUCAAUCACUAAUUGGCUCUCAGAUGGAACCUUUACAGAUUGUUGAAGAGGAAAGGACUCGAAUAGAAACAAAGGAAAAGAGCCAUGUCUAUACAGUGUGUAUAGAAACAGUAUGUAGUAAUACCAAUGUCGAUACGACCCUCAGUACUAGUGACUCAAGCAAACCAAAGAAAGAUGACAAUGGGCAGAAGCCUCGCACGCUGCCAUUGUCGUUUUCUAACCCUGCCUUUCAGUUGUCAUCGAGGGCACUAAAGCAGAAAGAUGCCGGGACAGACAGCAUGAGUUCUGUCAACAGUACACCAAGCAACGGAGCAGAUUCAGACUUUGGGGAUGUAUCGCACAGCUCUUCUAGCAGCGGUGCUUCCCCACCCCGUUUAAGACGCACAGAGUUCUCAAAGGGGAAGAGUUUUCAUGCUGAUACGUCACGUAGUAAGCACGCAGCGUAUGUAAACAUAGAACCACACACACUCCCUAAAGUACAUGUAUCAUCCCGACCACCUGCAGACAUGGUUGGGGAUAUCUAUAAGCCAACAGAAAGUCGCUUGCCAGUCGAGAGUUAUAGCAGUAGCAGCUCAAUCCAUACAAAAAUGACUCUGCCUAUUGGUAGCAUUUGUACUGACAUGGACAGUACACAGCCGCAGUCACCAACUGAAGCUGUGAAAGCAUUAAAUGAUGCUCAUAGAAAAGACUUCUUUAGGAAUCUCAUUACACCAACGGAUGAGACUUCUGUAUUGUUGGAUCCAAACAGCAAUAAUCAAUCAACGCAGUGUUCGGAGGCAACUUUCCGAUUGAGCAGCAGCAAGAAGCACGAUUUACCACAGUUCUCUAUAAAUAUGCCAAAUCCUAAGACUGCUCUAUCUCAGGAUUAUAAUAAUGCUACUUUCCCUUCGAGUAAUGUCAGACCCCAUGUUGUACAGAACCAAGAGAAAGCAUUCUCUGAGGUCUUGCUACCCUCUGUAUCACGUCCUAGACAAGAUAAUACAGCACACAUACGCAUAACACCAUCACAAAUACCCUCUAAGGAAGCAACCAUUACUCCUGUUACAGUAGGGGCUUUCCCAGUACUAGAUAUGCCCCAACAGACUCACAACCGGACUGCUAAUAACAGCACAGGACUGGCCCAACAGCAAAGUCCUCCAACAAGGCGGAAUAUCAUCACCCAGUUAGGAACCAAACAAAAACCGACUAACGAAGCACCCACAUGCCCCAUCCCGAUAGAGUUCUGUCCUGUUACAGAGCCAACGGUGCUCCAGACUAGGCCUAGCAGAGUAGGAUCAGUCCAGCAUCGGAUACAGCCUGUGCCUUCAGGAGCGUCUGUUAGCCAGGAUCCAAUCUGGACCAGACGAAGUGAGGAUUCCCCAUCUCAUGGAGACAUCCCAACAGCAGAGGAAAAACAAGAGUACGACAAUAAAAUUUCUAGUCUGAAGCUAGAACUGGAGCGGAUGGCAUCCCAGCUGGCUGAGACCAAGAAACAACUGGAAGAAGAGGAUAUCAAGGCAGAGGCUGCCCUCACAGAGAUGAGGUUAAAGGUUGAAGCUACAGAGACAGAGCUUAAAGUACAGCAGCAGGAGAAAGACCAGCAGAUCAGGGAUGUCAUAAGCAGGGUUGAAUUCCGAUCCUCCGUAUGUCAAGUUGUUGAUGAUGAAAAGACAGAGGGGGAAUUAUGGCUGAUGUGCGUGGAAGAAGAAUUGCGGGCGGAGCAAGAAGAGAUGAGGGGUGCAGUCAAAGCCAAACAAAAGAUCAUCGACGCCCAAGAGAUCCGCAUCCAAUCCUUAGACCUGGCAAAUCAGAGACUCAUGAGGGCGCUACAAGCCUUAAAACAACGUUGCCUAACAACUAGUCAACAUUAAAUGUCCUCUUCACCGACAAAAAUUUGAAAUAUUAAGAUUAGAACUGAUCAGUAUUCGUACUGUGUACGUAUAAAUGAACAGGAUGGUGUUUAGAUAUCAAGCUGUCUAUUUUGAAACAUGCGAGGGCAGUAUAUGAUUAUUUGGAAUCAACAUCUUUUUCAAAUAUGAAUUUCAUUCAACAAGGCAGUAUGAAACUUGUUAUGAAAUCAGAAGGAUUUGUAAUUUGAUUUCAGAAUCUAUUGGUUCCAGUGUGUUGAAAAGAGUUUGAAAUUUGCAAUAGUAUCAAUUACAUCAUCUUAACCCAUGUAAUGAUAAGCUUUGAAAACUGCAAAUGGUUUAAGACAUGAUUGAGACUGGGAAAUAUAAAGGAUUAAGUUGAUGUAAUGUGAAUGAAAAAAAAUAUAUGUGUUAUUGGAGAAUGUAUUGUUGGGUAAAUCACACAGAUAACAUUAAUAAGAUCAUGGAUUUUUUAAAAGAACUGUAUUGUCUGAUUGGUUGAAUAUGGAGAAUUCAAUGAAUUAAAAAAAAUUAUAACCUAAAAUGAUUGCAAAUUCUAUAGCUAUCUACUAUUAUCAGUCAACUUCAAUUUUCGAAAACAGAAUAAUACAUGAUAUAUAAAAACAGUUUAUCCUUAAAGUAGUUGAAGAAAUCAAUUCACACAAUGUCAUGAAUUUACUUAGUGCAAAAAAUCUGUACCCUCUUAUAUGACUAUGUGUGUAAAUCAUUCUGUGAUCUUCUUGUUUGGAGAGAUAUGAAAAAUACAUACUCGUUGAUGUCUCUCACAUAUCAGUGUUAAUUCCUUAUAUUUUGGAUG